UCCUGUUGGGGGAGGAUUCACACACUAGUUUGUUAUCUCUCUUCUAGCAGUCUGUUUUCAGCAUUUAUAAUCAUACUGUGCUGAAAGAAAAUGGUUUAUGUUGUUAUUUUGUUCUGCAUGUGUUUGUGCAAAACGCUUGAUGGACUGAACCCAGUGUCAGUGAUGGAGGGAGAUUCAGUCACUCUAAACUCUGGUCUUACUGAAAUGAUGGAUGAUGAUCUGAUUCAGUGGAGGUUUGGAUAUAACAAGACUUUAAUAGCUCAAAUCAGUGUAAUGGAAGACAGCAUGACUGUAUAUGAUGAUGGUCCUGACGGGAGAUUCAGAGACAGACUGAAGCUGGACAGUCAAACUGGAUCUCUGACCAUCACAAACAUCACAACUGAACACGCUGGACAUUAUCAACUACAGAUCAACAGUGUGAUCAAGAAUUUCAGUCUCACUGUUUAUGCUCGUCUGCCUGUUCCUGUCAUUAUCAGUAACUCUUCACAGUGUUCUUCAUCAUCAUCAUCAUCAUCAUCACAGCAGAAUUGUUCAUUGGUGUGUUCAGUGGUGAAUGUGGGUCAUGUGACUCUCUCCUGGUACAAAGGAAACAGUUUAUUGUCCAGCAUCAGUGUGUCUGAUCUCAGCAUCAGUCUCUCUCUACCUCUGGAGGUGGAAUAUCAGGAUAAAAACACCUACAGCUGUGUGCUCAACAAUCCCAUCAGCAGCCAGACUCAACAUCUGGACAUCACUCAACUCUGUCACACAUGUUCAGGUUUGACAAUGGUGAUAUUAGCAUUUAUUCACUGAUCUCAGUCUACUGAUCAUGUGCUGAAAGGAUUGGACAGUUUACCCUUACACAAAGAAAUUUAGAGGGUGAAUUACAGUCAAGUUGGUGCAAUUUGAUACGCAAAUUAGUAGAGUGAACCAACAGUUGUUCUAUCAUACAUUCAGCUACUCUAAACACACACAAUGUGUUUGUAUCUAUUCGGCCACUUCUUUAUAACUGAACUUGCAUGAAAAUAAAAUGCACACAUUAAAAACGGCUGCUUAGAAAGUAGUUAUGAGUCAGAACUAAAUGGUAUUAAUCUACAGGCCAAAACAGGCUUCCACACACAGUUUUCAGUACAUUCAAUCCCACUUUCUCUGACUUUGCCUGUGAAAUUUGACCAUGCAAAUGUGUAUGUAAAUGUGACUCUGUAAUAAAGGUGGGGUAAACGAGAAGGCAGGCAAAGAGACUAAAUGCAAGAUCUAAAUGUAAGAGGUUAUUAUAAAAAAAAAAAAACAAUGGGGAAACACAAAUGAGGCACACCUGGGGAGAGAAUCACCUGAGAAAACU